AUGCCAGGUCAUGAAGACAUCUCUUCAUGUUGGUAUGACUACAAAGGACUGGAUUACACGGGGACCUUGUCUCAGACGCUUUAUGGUCGUACCUGCCAAAAUUGGUCACUCGACUUUCCUCAUGACCACAUCUACAACUAUGUAGGCGAUCACAACUAUUGUCGCAACCCAGAUCAUACUGCCACAGCGUGGUGCUAUACCACUGAUGUAAAUGUGACUUGGGAGUACUGUGCCGUCGGUUUAUUUGACCCAGAGUGCGACCCAUCACCGAAAGGGGGGAACAUCUCUUCAUGUUGGUAUGACUACAAAGGACUGAAUUACACGGGGACCUUGUCUCAGACGCUUUAUGGUCGUACCUGCCAAAAUUGGUCACUCGACUCUCCUCAUGACCACAUCUACAACCAUGUAGGCGAUCACAACUAUUGUCGCAACCCAGAUCAUGCUGCCACAGCGUGGUGCUAUACUACUGAUGUAAAUGUGAUUUGGGAGUACUGUGCCGUCGGUUUAUUUGACCCAGAGUGCGACCCAUUACCGAAAGGGGGGAACAUCUCUUCAUGUUGGUAUGACUACAAAGGACUGAAUUACACGGGGACCUUGUCUCAGACGCUUUAUGGUCGUACCUGCCAAAAUUGGUCACUCGACUCUCCUCAUGACCACAGCUACAACCAUGUAGGCGAUCACAACUAUUGUCGCAACCCAGACCAUAUUGCCACAGCGUGGUGCUAUACCACUGAUGUAAAUGUGAGGUGGGAGUACUGCGCAGUGGGCAUUUAUCACCACGACUGCGCUCAUUUCGCCCUGAAAGGAAAUUAGUAAACCGUGCUGCACUCGACCCCGGUGAACGGGUCCAGGUGAGGUGAAGGAGUAUACCCGUUCACUUCACCUGGGUCGAGUGCAGCACAGCUUAAUAAACGUGAAUGGGUAUACCCGGCACGUUUAAUCCACUGCGUGCUGGACCGGCAGCUCGAGCUAAAAUGGUUUUAAUGAAAACACUAGUAACGCUUAUCAGAGUUGAUUAUAAUUUAUAUUCGUAGAUGGCGCUAUAAAAAUACCGUAAUAUCGUUUUUAUAAUUAUUAUCAUUAUUAUUAUUAUUAUUGUUGUUGUUGUUAUUAGGAUUAUGAUUAUUAUCACUAUUAUUGUUUUUUUUGCUAUAAUUAUUAUCAGCAUUAUUAUUAUUACUAUUUUUAUUACAAUUAUCAUCAUUAUCAUAAAUAUCUGUCUAAAAGCAACCAUAGAAAAAUGCAACGUUAGGGAGAUUCCCAGUAGAACAUUGGUUGUAUUAAAUGCGCUUCAACAAUAGAGUACAAGAAAAACUAUUAGGGGGAUUCUUGGCAUUGGAGACAUGGUGAAAGGGAAAACGUACAAGUCCACGUUUCUGCAGCAGACUUUGGAAUCAUGGGUCACCAGAAGGUAUAUACAUGUGUGUGUUAUGGUCAAAACCUGGCCGAGCAUUACACACAUAUGGGAAUUACUAUCACUUUUUCAAAAAGUAGGCAGAACUGACUCGUCUCCUAAAUAUCGCAUUACUACCGAAAUAUUAUUAGGAUUGUUCAGUAUUUUUGCGCUACUUCGGUAACACAACUUUCGCUGAUUGUACAUGGAGCCAUGCAUGUCGUUAGCGUACACACCAGCCAAGGCAUCAUGGGUGCAUGUUGUUGGUAAACUAUUUAUCUGAAAUGGGAGUGGCCAGAGAAUGGAACCUUGUGGGACUCUAAUAACUUUUGUUGUGUGGAAAUUUACAGUGGCCAAGUGCCUGGGUUUCAUGGUUUACAAAGAAUGCAGAACACCUGGAAAGGUUAUUAGCACUAUUCAAAGAAACAAAAAACAUUACCCGGCGUGAUAAUGUGAUGAGUAUGGAAAUUUACAUUAAAAAAAAAUAAUAAUAAGACUCAUAACACUAUCUUAUGUGACAAAUGAUGCACAUAAUAACAUAUCAUUUUGUUCGGACAAUAGUAUCAUUUACAAUCCCUUGGAAAUCGUUCAAAUGCCCUCGUCUGGGCCUCGGUGAUGUUAGAUUUUAUACAAAUGUACAAUGGGCGUGCAAUUGUCACUAUUUUAUUUAGUUUUUACGCCACCACUUCCAAGCUUUUCUGAUAGUAAACAUUCAUACUGUCUUGAUAGUGAUAAUUGCUCUAAAACCUUUCAAGAAGUUUUUUUUUACUAUAUGUGUGUUAUUGGAUAUUAAUAAUUCACAACAAACAUGACAAAAUAGGAAUCACAGUUACCUCUACUUUUUUAUUCCAUAAAUAAGUGUUUAUUAUUGCUUUUUGGAAGUAUGGUAAUUUUAACCAAAGGUGUGUCUAUACAUGUAUAACUUAACCUGUCUUAUGCUGUAUUCACACUAACGAAAUCGUUUCAAACUGAUCGAUGAUAUGUGAUUGGAUAUAUUAUUGAAAGCUUUUGAUGGUCUGAAGUCGACUUAACCUGUGCGACUGUUGGAUUUAAGACCUUGACCGGACCCAAAAGUGAAAUGAAAAAUCAUUUACCAAUGGAAAGCUUAUUAACUACAAAUACAAUUAUAAUGAAUAAGUUUUUUUUACUAUAUGUGUGUUAUUGGAUAUCAAUAAUUCACAACAAACAUGACAAAAUAGGAAACACAGUUACCUCUACUUUUUUAUUCCAUAAAUAAGUGUUUAUUAUUGCUUUUUGGAAGUAUGGUAAUUUUAACCAAAGGUGUGUCUAUACAUGUAUAACUUAACCUGUCUUAUGCUGUAUUCACACUAACGAAAUCGUUUCAAACUGAUCUAUGAUAUGUGAUUGGAUAUAUUAUUGAAAGCUUUUGAUGGUCUGAAGUCGACUUAACCUGUGCGACUGUUGGAUUUAAGACCUUGACCGGACCCAAAAGUGAAAUGAAAAAUCAUUUACCAAUGGAAAGCUUAUUAACUACAAAAACAAUUAUAAUGAAUUUUCAUAGCCUGCCAGCUAUUUUUUAAAAUAAAUUUACUUUAAAAAAUAAAAGGAUGGGCCGCCCCUGCCUUCUGUACCGCCGUCCCUGCAAACUUAAUUGAAUUCGAAUUGGUAACCUUGCUUCAAGGUAUUUGUUUAAUUGCUUUUUGAAGGGGCUAGAUCUGGAGAGUAGCAUUAGAACGUGUUCCACAGGGUUCACUUGUUGGGCCCGUUCUAUUCAGCUUACAUUUUCCUUGUCUGUUCUGCAUACACUGAUGGCACAAUAGCAAUAAAAUAUCGAUGGGAAACUGAUACCACCCAUUGUGUAUAUACAUGUAUAUGUAUUGUAAUAUUCUAUUUGACUACUUGUUCGCUGUGUGGAACACAGUUGAUGUUCCUUGGUUUAUAAAAUGUAUAGUUUGCUUUUCAUUAUUGAAAUAUAAACACUGAUAUAAAGUUAUGCACUUAUGUAAAACAGAGAACCACUACCAUAUUAUGUUAUAAAGAAUCUGUAUUUGUGUCAACUUAUUACUACUGCAUACUACCGGCUGUUUUUGUUCUAUUUUGCAAUAAACUGCUUUUGUUGCCAUUUUCCGUAUGAUAUUCCAUAAAUGCUAAAUAGACAAUACGUUAAUAAAUUCUUCAGGUAUCCAAUAAAUGCAUGUCUUAUUAAUUCUUUCAAAAAUAUUACGUCUUCACUGCGCUAAGUGGUUUAGUUUCCAUUAUAUUGACAAGUUUAUACAUGAAUGGUUAGCUAUUCUAAUUUUACUAAUUCCCUUCAUAAAUGUAAUUUAUGUUGAAUAUAUUUGUAUUACGGAUUUUUUUAAUGUAGUCAUUAUAAUUGUAGAACCUUAUUUACUAUGUCGUUUAUAUAUCCAUUGUCAAUGUUAUGCUAAAAGGACCAUGCUGGAAAAAACCCAUGCAGUUAGUCUGAACAUUCUAUCCUGUAUACAGAUAUUUUAAUAAAUGAGAAAUAAAUGAAAAUAAAAAAUCAUAAUUUCCUUC